CUGCCAAUAAAACAACCCGAGCAAUAACUACGACAGAAGAGAGGAGAAGUAGUGCUCGGUUAUCGACUCAUUGCGUCUUAAUUUCUGAAUAUUCUCGACUAAUCUGGCCUCAUCAGAUAUCCGAUGGUGUUGCCUCUGAACACAUGCUAAGCACAUCCAUGUCAAAAGACCUAGCUGUUUGACAACGUUUCGCAGAGCUAAUCAAUCGGACUGGCAGAGUGGUGUCCAGCAACAGGACAUGGACCGUGAAGCAGUAGUCACUGUUCGUCUGGUGAGGUCCUUCGAGCACAGAAACUUCAAACCAGUUGUGUUUCACGGAGUCAGUUUAGACCAAACGGUGCAGGACUUCAUGCAGCUUGUGAGAGACGAUAUUGCAACGAGACCAGAGCUUCCUCCUCCUUUUAAGAAAUACACUUACGACACAAUGAAAAUUAUCCACCAAGCACAUGGAGCAAAGGUAUUUAUCAUACUUUUGGGCCAGAAACGAGGUGUAUGUCUGAAGACUAAUGAGUUGGUGAUGAGUUUAGAUGACGACGAAAAGCUCAUUCUGCAAGAUGGCCAAACCCUUACAACUGCUGGCGUUGCAAAUGAAACAGAGGUGGCCUUCUUCAGGAAAGAAGACUACGGUCUCUAUAAAGCAAAUCCCAAAACUGCUUGGUGACCACAGUAUUUUACUUUAUAGCAGAGGAGAUUCUUAAAGGACAGAGGUCAAAGGUCAAGCAUGCCAGGACCAAUAGUAGAACAAGAAUGGUGCCAUCAUGUUCAUACUGGAGAGUUUUAUUUUGUGGGGUUGUUUUUAAAAUUGAAGCUUAUUAUGCACCUCUCUGGUAUGCCUUUUUUAUUUCUUUUCUUUUUUUUUUUUCUUCUGAUAAUUGUGACCAUGAACAUUAAUUUUCAGUGUUGUUUUAAAAUAUACUGAAUAAAGUUUUCUGAUAGCUGCA